CGCUUUGGAACCCGGCUCCGGCGGGGGUUGCUAGGGGGGCUCGCAGCCCGGCGCGGGCUGGUCGGGGAGGAGCGUCGGACCCGGCCGGGCUGCUGGGUGCGCUCCCAGGCUCGCUCUUGGCGCGGCCGGCAGUAGCCGGGGAAGGCGGCGGCAGGGAGAGGCGCUGCUGCUGCCAGCCCUGCAGCGGCCGGACCCCUCGUGGGCGGCGCUGGCUGCUGCUAUGUUUCAUUGCAUCCCCCUGUGGCGGUGCAACCGUCAUGUGGAGUCCAUCGAUAAGCGGCACUGCUCGCUGCUGUCGGUGCCCGAGGAGAUCUACCGCUACAGCCGCAGCCUGGAGGAGCUCCUUCUGGACGCCAACCAGCUCCGCGAGCUGCCCAAGCCCUUUUUCCAGCUUGUAAAAUUACGGAAACUUGGACUCAGUGAUAAUGAAAUUCAGCGGCUCCCUCCAGAAAUAGCAAACUUUAUGCAGCUGGUGGAACUUGAUUUGUCUCGAAAUGAAAUUCCUGAAAUUCCAGAAAGCAUCUCCUUUUGCAAAGCAUUACAAGUAGCAGACUUCAGUGGGAACCCACUGACCAGGUUGCCUGAAAGCUUUCCGGAAUUACAGAAUCUAACGUGUCUUUCUGUAAAUGACAUCUCACUGCAGGCACUACCUGAAAACAUUGGGAACCUUUUUAACCUGGCUUCCUUGGAACUAAGAGAGAAUCUUCUGACAUACUUACCUGAAUCACUCACCCACCUGCAGAGACUAGAAGAACUGGAUUUAGGAAACAAUGAACUUUAUAACUUGCCAGAAACAAUUGGUGCACUUUUCAGUCUUAAAGACCUCUGGCUGGAUGGAAACCAGUUAGCUGAAAUACCUCAGGAAAUAGGAAAUCUGAAAAACCUGCUAUGUCUGGAUGUCUCUGAAAAUAAAUUGGAAAGACUUCCUGAAGAGAUCAAUGGUCUGACUUCCUUAACAGAUUUGCUCGUUUCUCAGAAUUUACUUGAGGUGCUACCUGAUGGUAUUGGAAAUUUAAAGAACUUGUCUAUCUUGAAGGUUGAUCAGAACAAACUUGUUCAGUUGACAGAAGCAAUAGGAGACUGCGAAAGCCUUACUGAACUAGUUCUAACAGAAAACCAGCUGCUGAAAUUGCCGAAGAGCAUUGGAAAACUAAAGAAGCUGAACAAUUUGAAUGUUGACAGAAACAAAUUAAUAUCUUUGCCCAAAGAGCUGCUUGGAAAAUUGAGUCAGAUUGGGGGGUGCUGCAGUCUUAAUGUCUUUUCUGUGCGUGACAACAGAUUAUCUCGAAUUCCCUCUGAGAUUUCACAAGCCACUGAACUGCAUGUCCUGGAUGUAGCUGGAAACAGGCUGAUACAUCUUCCUCUGUCACUGACUUCCUUGAAGCUGAAGGCUUUGUGGUUGUCUGAUAACCAGUCCCAACCUUUGCUGAUGUUCCAGACUGACACAGACCCUGAAACAGGAGAGAAAAUUUUAACAUGUGUUUUACUUCCUCAAAUGCCUUCUGAGCCCAGUUGCCAAGAUAACCUGCCCCGAUGUGGUGCAUUUGAGAGCUUGGUAACUGAAAUGUCAGAUGAAACCUGGAAUGAGCGUGCAGUAAACAGAAUCAGUUCAAUCCGCUUUUUAGAUGAUGAAAAAGAUGAAGAGGAUAAUGAAAUGGACUCUGUUAAGUGGCUUCCCAAGUCUCCUAAACUCUAUAGCGGCCAUAACUGGAGCUCUCGCUGGGCCUCAUUAAAGGGAAAAGAAAGUUUUCGUGAUGGCAAUGUGUAUAAAUUCAACUCAGGCAAUGAAAAUUGGAAGGAAGGGAGAGUCAGUCCUGAGCAAGAAGCAGAGGAAUUGGAGGAUCCUGAUGAGGAUGAGCCGAUAUCCAAGUUUUCUGGCAGUCUUUUUGACACUGAUGACAACAUUAAAGAUCAAAGAAACCCUAGAGCAGCUGUUCAGGAGAAGCACAAAGCAGCAGUGAAAGCGAAGCCUUUUCCAGAGGCUAACAACAAGCCACAGGCUCCUGCCUCCACAGCAGGCAGCUUUCCAGCAGACAGCAACAGGUUUCCAGAGGAAACGAAAGAGCAAGUUCCAAGAGCUGCAGAGGUGACACAGUCACCAUUAAAGAUAACCAUUACUGUGUGCAGUCAAAUGGGGAGUCUUGGUAUUAGCAUUGCUGGUGGAAAGGGCUCAUCUCCAUAUAAAGAAAAUGAUGAGGCAAUCUUAAUUGCAAGGGUGGCCAAAGAUGGCCCAGCGGACUUGACUGGGGUACAAGGAGGAGACAAAGUGCUGGAGGGAUCCAUCCUUUUAGAACCAAACACACCUGACUCUGGUCCUGGUGAAGCACCAGCUAAAAGCAGCCCAUUCCAGACAGUAAAUCACAUCAUAACAAUACCUCGAAUCAUCCUAACACGCCCUUCCACUUCAGAUGAGGACACCGACCAAUUAACCCACGAUCCAGAUGACUUUGAACCUGAGGAGAUGGAUAGUGCAGAAAGCCAGGGCUAUUCAGAGUGUUUGAACAAUGCUUUUUACCCUCCCUAAUAAAGUACUCUGAUAGAAGAACUUCAUGGUAUUAUUUUUUCGUUGUUGUUCUCUUUCUGUUAAGGUAGUACAGUACUUGAACCACUAUGCCUUAUUCAUAGUUGAAACCAGUACAUGGGCUGAAUUUGAAUUGAAAAAACAAAACAAAACUUAAGUUACAUUUAUGUUUAUUUGCCUUGAACUUUACUUCAAUUGGAAUUAAUACUCUUGAAAUGGAAUGUUCUGUAUAAAGUUAUAUGAAUGUCACCAGUCAAGCGUUUAAAAUUUCCACUUUAAGUGCAUUCUGCAAAAACUCAAUGUGAUGAUAAAGAUUUUCAGUCAUUGGGGGUACUACACCACAACCCAUUUGGAAACAUGGUAAAAGCAAAUGUAUAGAUUUAUUUAUUUUUUAAACUAAGGUGCGUAUUCCAUCUAUGUGGCCAACCCCCUGUUUUAUCUACAGGUUCCUUUGGAUUGUCCCCUUUUAUGUUGUUUUCUAUCUGAAUAAAAUAUUACUCUUCA